AUGGAAACGAUCAAUGUUUAUGAUUACCUUGAGAAUGAUCAUACAUUGAUCAAUGAUCUUAUUGAUCUUAAUCUUGAUUCAUCUACUGUACCGGAUUCUAUCUCUGAAUCCAGUCUAUAUGAUGAACAAAACGAGCAGAUUUUACAUGAUCGGAAUACUGCAAGACACGAUGUUACCCCACCAAAUCAGAUGCCACCACUCACUGUUUUAAGCCAUGGAGCCCGGAAUCCAAUGACAGCUGCUAAAGUUGAAUACAUUGAUUUUCUGCCCGAUUAUCCAGCCUCGGAUCCCAAUGGUUAUGCAUACAUUAUCAAUACACGUGCUCUACAUCCUGAUGUUAUUGGAAAAGCAUUGACAUCAUUUCAAUACUCUCACCGGCGUGUGGGUUCAAGCCGUGAAACAUACUCAACUUUCCUAAGAUGUCAGGUCAAGAGAUAUGCUCUUCAGUGUACUGGGGUUAGAAGAUGUGAAUAUCUUUCCUCAGAAUUAGAAGGGUUGAGUCAUACGCAUGCUACAGAAUCAAUAUUUGAACAUAUAAGAGAUACUCAUGCUCAAUUGAUUCAGAGAGACACUUCUAUGGAGGAGCGACGGUCCCGGAGGCAUGUCAACUAG